CUACGUGAGGAUUGUGAACGUUCAAGCAAUGAAACGAAGAUCAUGUCUUUCAGGGCGUACCUAAGUAUCAAGGUUGUGUACACCGCCAUUACACAAGUAGCCUUCCCGAAAUUAUGGCGCGACUGGUGGUACUGGAACACCACAGAAGACCGGCUCCUUGCUUACGUCAAGAAGACGGCAACAGAAGGGGACCCUGCCAGCGUGCUUGCCGCCGUGGAAAAAUACAACCGAGACUAUGAGUGGACUAUCAUGCUGGAACCUGAUAAAACUAAGAAACUCGAGGAGGUGGUGAAAGAGGCCUCACCAGAGGUAUGUUUGGAGAUGGGAUGUUACAUCGGCUGCUCGGCGCUGGCCAUUGGAGCUCAGCUACCCCCUGGAGGGCGCCUGAUCACGACAGAGAUUGACCCGAGAAUUGCAGACAUCGCCAGGCAGCUGAUCAGCUUUGCUGGUCUCGAUCAGGUGAUUACUGUGUGUAACGUUAAGGCAGGAGACCUCAUCCAAGCUCUUCGAAGCGACUAUUCGGUGGACAAGCUCGAUUUUGUCUUCCUCGACCAUUUUAAACAGCUGUACCACCCCGACCUUAAGAGGCUGGAAGCGAACCACCUUCUUCGGAAAGGAACAGUUGUCAUGGCCGAUAACACUGUAAUGCCUGGCGCUCCGGACUUUCUGGAGUAUGUUGAGACUAGUGACAAGUAUAAGACUGAGAGGUUUGAAUUCACGAUGCCUGUUUUUAACGAGCUGGAUGCUAUGACAGUUUCUGUCUACACCAAAGAUUACUAGGGGCUCCAUUAAACCCAGCCGAACCCAGCCCAGCGCAGUCCAGCCCAACCCAACCCAACCCAACCCGAUUAACCCAACCAAACCCAUGCAACUGUGUAUUUGCAUGUAAUCGGGCACCCCCUAUUGCCCCUCUUUUGUUUGUACUAACUUUUUUAAAAGAAAGACCUCCCAUAUAUAUUGUACACGAAUCCAAAUAGGGGACCUCUCGGGAAAUGGGAACCCUAUUGUCAUCUAUUGUUUAACGUCCCCUAUUGAGUGCAGAAACAAACUCAACCCAACCGAAUUAACCCAACCAAACCCUACCAAACCUAAGCCAAUCCAUCACAGCUCAGCUCAGUUCUGUCCGGUCCAACCUAUAGCCCAACCCAAUGCUACCAAACCUAUUAAAUACCGUUCAUAGCCCAUACGAAGUGUGCAGGCUCAAGUUUCAAAAAUAAAAUGGCUUCUAACGUUUAGAUGAUUAUUUUCUAGCCUUUGAGAUGCAUAGGACUCAGUUUUAGCAAGGACGAAAUACCAAAGACAAUUAUACAGAGGCAAUCAGGAGAGGAAAAUGUCGAGUGUAUUGUGUGUUUUUAUGGUCGGUCAAAAAAUAGAAAUGAUUUAACUGAAACCAUCAAAUAUAAAUGUUACAAUGAUUUUGCCAAUUCUGUUUUGUUCCUUUUUUAAGUUUGCAAUGCAAGUUGAGUCAGGUUUUGGAACAAUGUUCAUGCGACGAAUUCAUAUUCGAUACUUGUGUUCAUUUUUUUUCUGGAUGCCAGAUUUUUGAUUUUA